AUGAACAAUCAUUGGCUUCUACUGCUCUUUUUAUGCUUCAUUCUCAACAGUAAUCUUGGAGGGGACACUAUUUCCGCGAAUAAAUCUCUUUCAUUUGGCGAAACAACAGUCUCAUCAGGUGAGAAAUUUGAGCUUGGUUUCUUCAAACCAGGUAAUUCUUUCAACUACUACAUAGGCAUAUGGUACAAGAACACUAUUUUAUGGCAAAAUGUAGUAUGGGUAGCAAAUAGGGAUAAACCACUUGAUUAUGGUACUACUAACUUAACAAUUCUUCAUGGCAACCUGGUGCUUAUCGAUAAAUUUCAAGGUAUAGUUUGGAAAACACAUGCUGCUAGUAUUAUUACUUCAAAUCAUUUAGUCAUAGCAGUUCUGCGUGACGAUGGAAAUUUGAUUUUGAGUGAUAUGCCAAAUUCAUCAACACCUUUAAUACUAUGGGAAAGUUUCGACUAUCCAACAGAUACAUUGUUGCCUGGUGCUAAGCUUGGAUAUGACAAACGUCGUACACAAAGGGGACAGGUUCUGAUUUCAUGGAAGAGUUUGAGUGAUCCAGCACCAGGAUUGUAUUCUCUAGAACUAGACCCCAGCCAUGCUCGAUUUGUUAUAAAAUGGAAUAGGACUAAACAGUUCUGCGCAAGUGGUUCAUAG